UAUUGGAAGUUAAUCUGACAGCCAUUGGAGGUCUUUGCAAAUUUUGUUGAAAAAUACAGUAAAUACGCAUUAUUGCUAUUUUCUGCAGCCUGAGAAGAUAGGGUGAAAUUCGCUUAAGGAUGGAGAGCGAAGGUGAUAAGGAGAGUGUUGGAAGUAAAAGUCAAGCGGCUGCACCGCCGAUAAAGACGAUAUGUGUGAUGAAGAUGCCAAGUUUGGGAAAUAACCCCAUUUCUUGUGUCGCCUCAAAUGCAUCCACAUCCAAGGCUGGCGAGGGCGGUCCGCUGCCCAUAAUUGUGCCCAAGAAAGUCAUCCCCUCCCAUGUCCUUACGGCCAAAUCCAGAGAAACACUGAACAGAAACAACAUAUUUAUGAAGAAUGGGAAUUUCUACAUGCAAUGCAGCAACACGAAUAAGAUCAUAAAGCUUCAGGUGGCCAAAACCGCUCCUGCAAGUACGGCGAAGGCGUCGGAAUUGAAGCUCACGUCCUUGAAUGUCAAGGGUAUGCCUGGUCUGCCCACAGAUCCCAUGAUCUCGAAGAAGCAACAGACAACUGAGCCGAAGGUGGCUGCUUCUUCACUUUCGCUGCAAAGCUUCAAGCCCAUUGCAAAGGCGCCACUCACGAACGCCCCCACAAAGCCCACGAAGCCCCAGCCCGAGAUCAUCCAAGCCAAGAGUGACAAAGUGGAAAUGCGAUCAAUUCAGAUAACAAACUUGCCCACAGGAUCAGUUCUGGACUUCAAAGGGCCGACAUAUGAUCUCAAUAAUCGGUUCCCUACGCCAGAAGGAGGUGCAGAUCAGCAGAAGAAUCGUGUCUUCAAUGUUCACAUAUCCAAUGGGCGCAUCUCCGAUCCCAAUGGACCCAUUAAAAUGCUGGGAUUGGCAGGGAAAUCCUUCACGGUGACACGCGAUAGCAUCACAAUUUCAACCGGCAACACACUAACUAACGCAGACAAAUGGCUCGAGGUGAAGAAGGAUCUUCCCGCCACACCCAAGAAACUGACUCGUUCCUCGUCAGCCGACGAGACGCCACCCAAGAAGUCUCCAGCGACACGACGUGCUUCAGAGCCAGCCAAGGAGUCUCUGCCCAUCGAGGAGCCGCCAAAGACUGCAGAGAAGCUCACCGUUGAUUCCCUUCUCUGUGACGAAAUCCUGGAAAUCACGUCCGAAGAAGAAGGAAAGAGUCAGAAAUCCCCGGAGCAGGAUAUUCACAAUGACCAAUUCGGGCCCCUGGAAAUGUCCGAUAUUGAUCUGGCGGAUGAGAAACGCGAUUUCAGUGCGAAGGCUGUUCCACAUCUGAAUGCCAACUGCCAUCUGAUGAAGUUGAGUUCGAGGCGCGAAGGUGAAGAUGAGGAUCCAAUUAAUUUGAUCCGCUGGGAGGAUGGCGUGGGCUACUUGUGUGGCGGCAACUUACACUUCCAAUUCAAUGAGCUUGGCUUGUUGGAUAUCAUGGAGGACGAUGAAUUCACGCGACAUCAGCAGGCGGAUACGCGCUAUGAUCGUCCCAUUGGGGAGCGUGAGAUGAGUCUUAUGCCACAACUGGAAUCGUCUAAAGAGCCUGUGUACAUGUGCCUGGGCUGUUCGUACAGUGGCCACGCGGCGGACUUCCUCACGCCGGACUUUUGCAGCAAAACGUGCCUGGUGCGCCGGCAGACACGUGUUGAUAGCGUGCGCAAGCGUGCCUUUCCGUGGCGGGAUUACUUGAAGUUCACCGGCAGCCAGCGAGCACCUGAUGAGCUCUUCCCGCACUGUCGCAGCGAAGUGCUAGAGUAUUGCAAGAAACACUCGUUUGUGGCGAAGACAAAAUUGGAGGCUGUGGAUCCAGACAACUGCUCAAGUGUGGGUGUUGUGACGAUACUGGCGGUGCAGGGUCAGCGGAUGCUUUUGCACUUUGAUAUGUGUCCGGUGAGGUAUGACUUCUGGGUAAAUUUCAGCUGUGCCGACAUAUAUCCACCGCAAUGGAGCGAGCGGGAGGGCAAAGACUUGAUUGUUCCCGGUGUGAAGACAAAGAAAUUCUCCUGGAAGAAGUAUUUGGAUGAGAUGCAGAGUAAUGGGGCGAGAGUGAAGAGUUUCCGUCAUCUGGCGUUGAGGAUGCAGCAGAAGCCACUGGAGUUCAAGGUGGGGAUGAAGCUGGAGGCGGAGAAUGUGAAGGGAACGGGAAAAUUGACUGUCGCGACAGUGGCGGAUGUGAUCGGGAGCAGGGUGAGGAUUCACUUUGAUGGGAACAAAGACUCGUACGACUAUUGGUGUGAAUAUGAUUCACCAAGGCUGCAUCCAAUUGGCUAUCACAAGAUGAUCAACGAUCUUCUCAUUACGCCACCAAAACGUCCCGCAGGCUUCACAUGGGCGAAGUAUUUGACUCAAACGAAGUCCCGAGCAGUCCCUAACAGUGCCUUCGUGAAUCGUCCGGUGCGCGCUUUUCGGAAGGGCAUGAAACUGGAGGCGGUGGAUCGCGUGUGUCCGGAGUUCAUUAGACCAGCCACAGUGUUGGACGUGGUUGGCUAUGAACUGCGCAUUCUGUAUGAUGGCUUUGAGGCGCAAUACGCGUAUUGGGUGGAUGAUGAUAGCACUGACAUCUUCCCGACUGGAUAUUGUGAGAUCACUGGUCAUCCGCUAGAGCCCGUGCCCAGCGCUCGAUGGCCUAAGCAGUUGUGCGGACUGACAGUGUGCGCCGGUCGUGGAAGUAUCCAUAAUCAAUUGGGGGCGACUCACGAAACAGCGGCUGAGUGUCCGUAUAACAUAAGGAAUUAUAAUCACCACACAGUGAAGCCGAAUCGGCUGAAUGUCACCAAGCACAUGGUGACUGACUAUGCGGUGCGUUUUAGUUUGACCAGGAAGUGCAAAGUGAUUGCGGCGCCGAAGGAGCAAAAGCCAUCAACAUCGAAGGUAUCGGUGCCAAAGAAGAGACCAAGAAAGACAGCACACAUGAGCGGCAGCGUCCGAAAAAUGGCAAAGAUCUCCCCAGAAGUUCCUUUGCCGUCCACUUCGCGAGCCGCAACGACACCUGUUAGUCCUGCCAAGGAUGCAACGACGUGGACGGCCACUUCCACAAUUAAGAAGUAUGUGGAUAUCGACAGUCGCAGGCAAGUGAAUCCGUUGUACUGGACAACCAAUGAGGUGAGCAAUUUCUUGGCAAAUCUGCCCAAUUGCACUCAGAUUGCGGAGAAAUUCCGCAACGAGGAUAUCGAUGGCCUGGCCUUUCUCUCACUCUCAAAGGAAGAUCUCAAGAACUAUCUGGGCCUCAAACUCGGGCCCGCAAUCAAGCUGUACAAUUUGAUAGUGAAGCUCCGAUCUGACAUCAAUGAUCAGUUUUUGCAAUUUUAGAUAUGGAAAUUUAUUCCCGAUAAUUUACAUGUUUUCGUUCAACUGUAAUGAAUUCCUCAAUACGCUACUACUUCAAUAAAAGA